AAAAUCACUCCUGCGGUACUCUUCCCUCUUUACAUAUAUAUAUAAUAUAUAUUCCAACAUAUCUGGAAUCACUGGGGUUCAUAAUCCCAGUGAUUUACCCCCCAAGAAGAGUACCAAUCUUAUACAGCAAAUAAACAGGAGCGAGAGCACCAAGAACCCGAAUCAUCAAUGGCGCUCAAUCUUUAUCGAUUUUCAUCGCUCCUCUUGUUCUUCAUCCUGUUCCCGCUUUCUGCCACUCUGCCGAAAGCUUUCGCCAAGAUCGCCGAAUUUGAUGAGGAUCUGCGCAGGAGGGCUGCCGAGUCCUACCAGGAGUCCCUCAAGGCCUACAAUCCGAACCCUCUUAAUCUCACCGGUGAAUCCUACUUAUUCGCUGAGCAGAGGAGGGACAUGAAGGAAGAUGAUUGCAAGGCUGAGAACCCCAUUGAUCGUUGCUGGAGGUGUGACCCUGACUGGGAUAAGAACAGGAAGAAGUUGGCUGAUUGCGCAAGAGGGUUCGGGCACACCACCUCUGGUGGGAAAGAUGGGAAGUACUACGUCGUGGAUGAUCCAUCCGAUGACGACAUGGACCUCCCUAAGCCUGGAACUCUUCGCCAUGCCGUCCUCCAGACUGAGCCCUUGUGGAUCAUCUUCAAGCACAGCAUGGUGAUUAAGCUCAAGAACGAGCUGCUUAUGACUAGUGAUAAGACGAUUGAUGGAAGGGGCGUACUGGUCCAUAUUGCGUAUGGGGCGGGAAUUACUAUUCAAUUUGUGCACAACGUUAUAAUCCAUAACAUUUGGGUUCACAACAUUGUUCCCACCUCGGGUGGAAUGAUCAGGGACACGAUGACGCAUAUCGGCCUACGUACGCAGGCCGACGGUGAUGCCAUCAGCAUUUACAGUUCAAACCACGUAUGGAUCGACCAUUGCUCCCUGUCUAAAGCAACCGACGGGCUAAUCGACGUGAUUGAAGGUUCCACGGCCAUCACCAUCUCCAACUGCAAGUUCAACAGGCACAACGACGUGAUGCUCCUGGGCGCACACGACAGCAACUCCAAAGACGCGAUCAUGCAAGUGACGGUGGCGUUCAACAAGUUCGGAAAAGGGCUGAUCCAGAGGAUGCCAAGAGUACGAUGGGGUUUCGCCCAUGUGGUGAACAACGAUUACCAGCAGUGGGAGCUGUACGCCAUCGGCGGAAGCGCGCACCCGACCAUCGUCAGCCAGGGCAACAGGUUCAGAGCCUCAAACUACCCGUACACGAAGGAGGUGACGAAGAGAGAUUACGCCACAAAGGAGGAGUGGAUGAAAUGGCAAUGGCGAUCGGAAGGCGAUCUGUUCAAGAACGGAGCAUACUUCAGAGAAUCAGGGCCACCACUAUCACAGAACAAGGCGAAUCCACUGGAAGGUCAGAAUUUGAUCAAGUACAGACCAGGAUCGUUCGUGGGAAAGCUCACACGGUGGGCUGGUGCUCUCAGGUGCCGGAAGGGCAAACUCUGUUGAUCUGUUUGCUUCUAUUGGAGGCAAACAUAUGUGACAGGAGGAAUUGUAAAGCGUGCAGAAACUCCUCCUCCAAUAUAUUUAUGAAUAACAAUCUUUCUGCCGAUUUAUAUAUAUAUAAAAUACCUUACCCUCAUUUUUAAUUA